CUGCCCUGGAGACAAGCCCUAAUCAUCUGGGGGGUGAUUAUGUUCAGUUCUUCCUCACCAAACCCCCCAGACAUAAUUCAGAUCCAAACUGGAGAGACAGGCAGGCACGCAAGAGGGGACCCCAGCACCAUAUAGCCCCCCCGAAACCAUGUACAGGAGCAGCUUCCUCCGCGAGGUGCGCAAGGAGAAGUAUGAGCGGUCGGAUGCCUACGAUGAACUGCGAGGCUCCCCCGAAUUCGACAGUUUGGCCCAAGCCCGGGGCCUGGAGAACCUGCAGGAGCUCAACGAGCGCUUCGCCAGCUACAUCAACCGGGCGCGUGUGCUGGAGCAGCGCAACACCAUCCUACGCAAGCAGCUGGAGACCUUCCAGCGCAUGGAUGAGCUGGUGGGCUUGGAUGAAGCCUUCGCUGGGCAGAUCGAGUUCAACCGCCAGCGAAUGCGGGAGCUGGCGUCCGACCGAGCCAAGCUGGAGCGGGAGGAGAAGGAUGCCCAGCGCAUGCUCGAUGAGUACCGCAACAAGUAUAGAAAUGAACGUGAAUAUCAGCAGAGGCUAAAAGAAACUCUUGAACGCCUUAAUAAGGAAGCUGAUGAAGCACUGCUGUGCAACCUGGAGCUGCAGAUCGAGUCCCAGUUCCUACAGGAUGACAUUAAUGCCACAAAGGACAGAUACAAGAAGAACCUAAUGGAAAUCCAGACCUACGUCAGUGUUUUGCAGCAGAUCAUCCAGACCACCCCUCGUGUGUCCCCUAUAACUACUGGCAUAUGUGAAGAAAAACUGAUAGCGGAGAGGAGGAUCCCUGUUCUGCAGAGCCAGCUGGAGGAAUACAAGAGCAUCCUCUGCCAGCUACAGACACAGAAAUACAAACUGCAGACAGAGACAACCAUGCUGGAGCAAGCGAUUAAAAACACCCAGGAGAGUUACGAUGAUGAAAUUCAGCUUUACAACGAGCAGAUUGAAAACCUGAGGAAGGGGAUAGAGGAGGCCGAGAGGACCUUGGAGAAGUACACGACUGACUGCCGCCAGCUGGUGAUCUACCAGCAGUCCCUGGAGAACGAGCUAGAACGGUACAAACGUAUCAUCGAGAAUGAGGACAGCAGGUUAAACUCUGCUAUAGCAGGAACGCCAGUCACACUCUUCACACAGAUCUAUAGACCUGUCCAGCCUCAGGCUUCGAGGGGAAGAGAUAUCACCCAGGCCAUGCAAGACAUUACCAGUGUAAAGCCCAGACAAAAAGCUCUGACAAAGAAAAUUGCCAGGAAAAAGGAGCUGAUGUCUAAAGACAUAACUGAUGGUCUCUCGCCUGAGAGAAUGUACGAAAGAACUCUGGAAGAUUUUGACCAAGAUCAGCUGGAGUUUAGGCACAGAGGCCCAGUCACAUGUGAACCUGGGCAGGAAGGAUUAGAACUUGAUGAAAAAGAGACAGGCCCAGAGGAUGUGCCUGAUGGAGCCCGGAUAAGUAAAGCCUUCGAUAAAUUGUGUAACAUUGUGAGGGAGAAAAUAAGAGUCUACAAGAGACCAGAGCCUAAACCUGAUGCCCAUCCCAAUGGGCGUUAUGUGCGGGUAACAGGGGAGGAAGGCUAUGAAGAACCUUGCAUCCUGGCCCCCUCCAUCCCAGCUGGGGGAGUGAUCACUGUUUCCACCAGCAACGGGAAGGUGAUGAACGGUGGUGUCCUGCCAGAACCGGCUGAACCAUCAGAAAAAGAGAAGGUGGGUAUCUGUGAAAGGAGGGAAGAGUUUGAACUCCAAGAAAAACAGAAAGAGGAAGAGAAAGAAGACAUACUUGAAUGGGGAAAAAAAACAAGAGGAAAAAUUGAGCAAAUCACAAAGUAUGUGGACAUCUCUGAGACUGAGACAGUUCCUUCCCCUGGCCUGAUAAGCCCAACUGAGCCAGGAGUCCUUCGAGAGACAGAAUAUGACCGAGAAGAUAAGCAGAGCCUUUUGUUCAGGGAAGCAGGCUUGCCUGGCUCCAUGAGCUACGAGAAGGUGGAGGUGGUGGAGUCCAUCGAGAAAUUUUCAGAUGACAGAAUUCAGACGUACGAAGAGACAGCGAUGAUUGUGGAGACAAUGAUAGAGAAGACAAGCAAGAAGAAACCAGGUGACAAAGGCUCAGGCUCUUAA